AUGAGUGAAAUCAACGAAUCACUAAUAGAAGCACCUCUAAAAGCAUUAUUAGAAGAUGUAAGGGAUUAUUAUAAAGGAAAGGUCUUAUUCUGUUUAGAAGGCUUUUUGGAAAGUCAAAAUGACUUAAAGCAGAUUGAAAAUCAAUUAAAAGAUUACGAUACAUUGGCAGGCUUAGUUAAAAUAAUUGCCAAUAUAUUCAAGACUCUAAUGAAGAAAGUAGAGAAAAAGAUAGCUUUUCUGAAACUUAAUCUUAAUGAUAAUAGUUCUCAUUAAAGUUAUCAUGCAGAAGAGGAAUAUGAAAAAUUAGAACAAAUUAUAUAAAAAUAUGAAGCCGAGAUUCGAGGACAUAUUAGCGUAAAAUGAGUUUGAUUAGUUCUUUAGAUUGAAUAAUAGUUAAAACUUUAUAACGAUAGUUUAUAAUAGAAGAUAGAAGACCUAGAAAAGUCUCAGAAAGAUACAGUAGAAUAAUUAAAUAAAAAAAUUUAUGUAUAUAAAAGAAAUAUCAAAUUUAGUGUUUAAAAAAAGAUUUGGGAAAGUCUACUGAGAGUUAUCGAUAACUAAUAAAGGAAAAUGAAUAACUAAAAGAAUCAGUAGUAGAUCAUUAACAUAUAGUUCAUACAGAUAGUGAAAUAAAUGGUCGUAUGAAAGAAAAAAAGUAAUUUAAGAUGAAUUUAUUAGUUUUGUCAUUCAGAUCACAGAUUAAAAAAAGCUGAUUAUAGUAGUGAAUAUCCAGGAUCAAUUGCAAAUCUUUAUCCAUAAAAUU